UCAUGCAUGCAUGAUCAUGGAUGUUGAAAUCAUUAUUUGCAAAUUACAGUAGGCCUAUUUGGCAUACGUAAAGGCCAUCUCUUUGUCAAGGAUGUCAUUCACCCACACACAUUUAUUCAGAUGACCGUGCGAUGUAUUGUCUGUACAUCUGUUUGGUUCGAUUAUGAUACUGACGUAUUAACCUGCUGAUAUGCAUGCAAGGUGAUCACUGCAGUAGAUCACCAGUCGCCUUGGGAAACAGUGCCUCCUUCACUGGAUUAUUCUCAUCAGAGAGUGGCGACAUGAUGGCAUCGGAGGACAGUGAUGAUGCAAAACCAUGGACUCCGAGAGAUGGCGAGACUGGAUUCCCAGGGCUCUUUCGUUCGUUUAGCAGGGAACAAGUAGAACCUUUGCAGGCAAACAUUAAAGGUAAAGUUCCUGAGUGGGUGGAUGGUAGCUUGCUUCGCAACGGGCCCGGAAAAUUUGAUGUCGGACCGGACACUUACGAACAUUGGUUCGAUGGAUUGGCAGUUUUACUGCGCUAUAAUAUCCACAAGGGCAUGGUGACCUACCAAAGUAGAUUCUUACGAAGUGAUUCUUAUAUCAAAGCCAUGGAGCAGAACCGCAUUGUUAUGUCUGAAUUCGGCACGGUGGCACAACCAGACCCUUGUCAGAGCUAUUUAGGUAGGUUCCUGUCGCGAUUUGUUCCUCGAACGUUCACCGACAACUGUAACAUCAACUGGGCACAAUAUGGAGAUGAGUUUUACGCUGUCACAGACGGAACGCUGAUGCGGAAGGUGAAUCCCAACAGUUUGGAGACUCUUCAUAAGGUGGAUAUAUCGGAUCGGAUUGCUGUACACUCCACCAGUUCUCAUCCACACACUGCUAAGGACGGUACAGUCUACGGUCUCGGAUCUCGCUUCUCUUAUCGUAGCUCAUACAACAUCAUUAAGAUACCUCCACAUGACCAAGAUGUCAAGGGAGACCCGUUGAGUAACGCCUCGAUUCUGUGUUCCAUCCCUGCAUCUGGUACCUAUCCUACCUUCUAUCACAGCUUUGCAAUGACGGACAAUUACUUCGUGUUUGUGGAGCAAUCUGCCGUCAUCAAUCUGCUUAAAGUACUCUACGCACAGCUCUUCUUCAAAAGCUACAUCAUCGGAAUGGAAUUCCAUGAUGAACGGCCCACUAGAUUUCACGUGGUUAAGCGAUACUCCGGAGAACUCCUACCGCAGAUUUACACAUCAAUCCCUUUCUUGAGUUUUCAUCACAUUAAUGCAUACGAGGAGGCGGGGCAUUUGGUGAUUGACAUGUGCAUUUACGAAGACGGCUCCAUUCUUCGUGAUAUCAAUUUAAAGGAUCUGAGAAACGGUGUUAAACCAGCACAGUUUGGGAAAGCCAAACGUUUCGUUCUCCCAGUUGGAGAGACAAUUGAGGACUAUCGUGGCGGGAGUAGACCAAACUGGCUUGAGAUCUUCAAGGCAGAUGUGACCCUGAAAGAAGAUGGAUCAGUUUACUGCGUCCCUCAAGUCAUAGCCGAUCGAAAUGUUGAGUUUCCGCGGAUGAAUUACGAGUUAUACAAUGGCAAGCCAUACAGGUUCUUCUACGCAAACGGCGGAGAACUUAAUCAAAAGCUGCUGAAAGUAGACACCAAAAGUGUGACGUCUGAAGAGUGGUUUGAAGAUGGCUGCUUUCCGUCAGAGCCAAUAUUUGUCAGGUCACCGGAUUGUAAGAGUGAAGAUGAUGGAGUUGUUCUAUCCUCGGUAGUUGAUCUCAGAAAAGGGAAACAUUCAUUUCUUCUGGUGUUGGAUGCACGGGAUUUUACGGAGGUUGCUCGGGCCGAGGUGGAGGCAGAGGUGUCUUUUGGAUACCACGGAAUGUUUCUCCACAAGUAGUCAUUACAAGAAAUGCCACCAUUUUCAUGCCUCACAAACAGUAAAUGCAUUCCAUUUAUAAAAAAACGUGAGUAAAAUUUCCCAGUGCUCGUUAUCUUAUGUGAGGAGGCAGUAAGGGCAGAAAUAUAUGUAAAGAUAGCCAUUACUUUCGUUAACUUUAAUCACGUUUGGACAAUUGUGUUGUAACAAGUUUGAGUUCUAAUUAUGCUUGAAGGAGAGGCUAUGUUGAUUUAAUGGGACAAAUUUUCUAGUUCAAAAAUGUGGAAAAAGCAAAAAUCUGUAUAAAUUUCACGUGAGUGUAUAUUCAGAAAUCCAGUGCUUCUAAGACCUCAUUAAUUUGGAUAAGAUUUUCAGGAUAAUAAUUAUUGUGUUCCAUCAACUUUUCAAAUCUAAUUAUUUAUGAAAGAGGCUGUGAUGAUUUAUAGAGGCAAAUUUAUUGUUCAAAAUGUACAAAGAAUAAGAAUAUUCACAUGAGUGUUUAUUACAAAAUCCAGUGGUUUUAAAAUUAUCAAGGAUUAAACUAUGACUAAGGUACUUUAUUAUUGUAAUUAGGCAUCGGUGCUCUGGGCAGGCGAUUUGUUUUACUUUUUAAUGAGGCGAAAAUGUGUAUGAAAACAGAAAAUGCACCAGACGUGCUGAUAGAUUUUAAACUAGGGGCACCUCCUGAGAUGCAAUAUCUAUUAUGAAAAAGUUAAAUGCCAGCCUACCCUUAUUUAUGUAAUUGUUGUUGAUGUUACUUUUGAUUGGGAUACUAUAUAUGAACUUUUGAACAGAGUCAAACUCCUGGGGUAAAUGAAACCUUCAACCAGUGGCGUAGCUAGAAUUUUACUGGUGGGGGCACAAAAGGGCACCAGCGUCUUAAAGGGGGGGCACCAGCUUUCAGUGGUGUGUUUUGGGGGGCAAGUUUUUGUUAGCCGUGUUCAAUAUUCAUUCCUCCGUUUUUUUCAGUGGGGGCUACCGGGAAUUUGUGGCGGGGGGGGCAGGCACCCCGUGGCUACGCCACUGCCUUCAACCCUUUCUACAAGCUAAAGACAAACUGAGACUUUGCACAGUGGAAAAACACAUUCUAAGAAACAUUUUUCUGAAAUAAUUCAAAAUGUACCUUUGUUUCGUGUGUGACAUUCCCCUUACAGUCACUCUAUGUUAUUAUUAUUGUUAACCAUUCCUAGUUGUAAGAAAGUCCCUCACUGUCGACUGACCGCUCAAUAGUUUCCAAGCACUUUUCCAAUCAGAAUACCUCCAAAUUUGCCCUUACCGUGCAUUACUGAAAAUUGUGAGUACAGCUAUAUGUUCUUUAGUGUUUACGGUAUAAAAUCAUAUAGUGACUCUUGUGUUAGUAAAAAAAAAGAGAAGUUUAGAGUACAAACCUUAGCCUUAAUCGGGGACAAUUGUUGCAACGUUACAUGUACAAUUAUGUUGUCGUCUAGUGGGCACAUGAACGUGCAUUCCAGUGAAUUUAUUAGUAUUUAUUUCUGUUUAUUCCCCAG